ACAAUUCAAAUCACAUUUUAGAAUAUCUAAAGAUACAUUCGAAUAUAUAUUUACUAUUAUCGCUCCAAAAUUGAAAAGAAUAUAUACUGGACGACCAAUGAUUUCUCCUGAGAAGCAAUUUCUUAUUGCGAUAUGACGCAUGGCAACUCCUGAUUCUUAUAGAUCAAUAUGUGAAAAGUUUGACGUCAGUCGAGCUACUGCUCUUGGUGCUACACGAAGAGUUGUAAAAGCUUUAUAUGAUUUGGCACCAGCUGUCAUCAAAUGGCCAUCAGGCAACAAUGUCAAUGAAGUUUUAGCUGGAUUUGAAGCUAAUAGUGGUUUUCCGAAAGUUAUCGGCGCAAUAGACGGUACUCAUAUAAAUAUUCCAGCUCCUCGUAUUCAACCAGCAUUAUAUGUAAAUCGUAAAGGGUACCAUCCUGUCCAACUGCAGGACAUCCAGGAUCUGUGCACGACCAGCGAGUAUUUCGGUUAUCGGAAUUGCAAGAGUGGUUAGGGAAUUCUGAAAAAUUUCCCGACGAUUGUCACAUUCUCGGAGAUGCUGCAUAUAAACUACACCAAAAUGUCAUUGUUCCCUAUCGUGACAAUGGACAUCUCACUCUAAGACAAAAAAACUUCAACUUCUGCCAUUCUUCUGCCAGAAUAGAGAUUGAAAGGGCUAUUGGAUUAUUGAAGACAAGAUUUCGUAGUUUAAGAACUGUUCUUGCAAUGAAUAGAAGUGAUUUAAUCCCAAUGUUUAUAAUCGCAUGUUGUGUGAUGCAUAAUGUUUGCCUAUUAAGAGGAGAUAACAUCGAACUUGAAGCAAUUAAUGAGGAAGAAAAUAAUAAUUAUUUUUAUCAAAAUGCUGCGCCACAAGA